UAAUAAAUUUCUCCGUUUCUCUCUCUCUCUCCUUCCUUCUCUUUAUAUCCUUAAGUUUCAGUCCUCCUCCUGAACUUUGCAGAACCAGCAUUAAACAGUUGUCACCAAUCACAAAUUCCCCUUCAAGUUCGUUAUCUAACGGUUUCUUUUUCUCUCCCCACUUCGCCUUCCUUCCCCUUCUCAAUGCCAUUUGUUUCCCUCUCUUCAUAAACAACCACCACCAAGAUCUUCUCUUUUCUACAACCAAAUCCUGUAAAAAUGAUCUCCUGGCACGAUCUUUACACCGUCUUGACGGCUGUGAUUCCUCUCUACGUCGCCAUGAUCUUGGCCUACGGUUCCGUCCGCUGGUGGAAGAUUUUCUCUCCCGACCAGUGUUCGGGAAUCAACCGUUUCGUCGCCAUCUUCGCUGUUCCUCUCUUGUCCUUCCACUUCAUUUCUUCUAACAAUCCUUACGCUAUGAACUUCCGUUUCAUAGCGGCGGAUACUCUGCAGAAGAUCAUCAUGCUGUUCGUGCUCGGGAUUUGGACCAACUUCACAAAGAAUGGCAGUCUUGAAUGGAUGAUUACAAUCUUUUCUCUUUCAACUUUACCCAACACUCUGGUCAUGGGGAUUCCUCUACUUAUCGCUAUGUACGGCGACUACUCGGGGAGUCUCAUGGUCCAAAUUGUGGUUUUACAGUGCAUAAUCUGGUACACUCUACUGCUAUUUCUCUUCGAGUACCGUGGCGCCAAGAUGCUCAUCACGGAGCAGUUCCCGGAGACCGCUGCGUCGAUAGUUUCAUUCAAAGUGGACUCCGAUGUGGUCUCACUCGACGGGAGGGAUUUCCUGGAGACUGACGCUGAAAUUGGAGACGACGGAAAGCUUCAUGUUACAGUGAGGAAAUCUAAUGCUUCCAGGCGGUCUUUAGGCCCCUGUUCACUCCCGGCAUUAACUCCUCGGCCUUCCAAUCUCACCGGGGCUGAAAUUUACAGCUUGAGCUCGUCGAGAAACCCGACUCCCAGAGGCUCCAAUUUUAACCAUGCUGAUUUUUAUAACAUGAUGGGCGUCCAGGGAUUUCCAGGCGGAAGACUUUCGAAUUUCGGACCGGCGGAUUUGUACUCUGUACAAUCCUCCAGAGGGCCAACUCCAAGAACUUCGAAUUUUGAAGAAAAUUGCGGACAAACAAUUUCGUCUCCUAGAUUUGGAUUUUAUCCUGCUCAAACUGUACCUACUUCGUACCCAGCUCCGAAUCCCGAGUUCUCGAACCCUAUUUCUAAAGCUACAAAAAAUGUACAGAGUCAGAAUCAAAAUCCGAAUCAGAACCAGAAUCAGAAUCAGAAUCAGAAUCUGCAACAGCAGCAAUCGAAUUUGAACAAUAAAACAAACCAUGACGCCAAAGAGCUCCACAUGUUUGUCUGGAGCUCUAGCGCCUCUCCUGUUUCAGAAGGCGCCGGCGGGCUUCAUGUUUUUGGUGGGACAGAUUUUGGAGCGUCCGAGCAAUCUGGACGGUCUGAUCAAGGAGCUAAAGAGAUCAGGAUGUUGGUCACUGACCACCCUCAAAAUGGAGAAAACAAAGCCAUUUCGCAAAGUGGGGAUUUCGGUGGGGAGGAUUUUAGCUUUGCUGGAAGAGUGGAAGGAGAAGAAGAAAGAGAGAAAGAAGGACCCACUGGACUUAAUAAACUGGGGUCUAGCUCAACAGCUGAGUUGCACCCAAAAGCUGCCAGCGGAGUUCCGGAUCCUGGCGCCGCAAAAAUAAUGCCUCCGGCGAGUGUUAUGACCCGUCUGAUCUUGAUCAUGGUCUGGCGCAAACUGAUCCGCAAUCCCAACACAUACUCAAGUCUCAUUGGACUGGUUUGGUCUCUAAUCGCUUUCAGGUGGCACGUGUCAAUGCCAAAAAUAAUAGAGCAGUCAAUCUCAAUUCUGUCGGAUGCGGGUCUCGGAAUGGCUAUGUUCAGUUUAGGUCUGUUUAUGGCUCUCCAACCUAAAAUCAUCGCUUGUGGCAACUCGGUUGCAACAUUCGCCAUGGCCGUUAGAUUCCUCACCGGCCCUGCUGUCAUGGCCGCUGCUUCCAUUGCCGUUGGCCUCCGCGGUACCCUUCUUCACAUUGCAAUUGUUCAGGCCGCAUUGCCACAAGGUAUUGUCCCGUUUGUGUUUGCAAAAGAGUACAAUGUACAUCCAGCAAUUCUUAGUACUGCGGUUAUAUUUGGGAUGUUGAUAGCAUUACCAAUUACUCUCGUCUACUACAUCGUUCUUGGAUUGUGAAAUAAAAUUUUCCUGAUAGAAGGUAGAAUUUAGUAUGAUGAAGACAGGAAUUUGAAGGGAAUUUUCAUGGCUUGGGAAGCAUUGAUUGGGUAGCUAGAAAAUCAACUCGGAUUAUGUUGAAAUCACAUGAAGAUUUUCCGGGAAAAUAGAAGAGUGAAGAAUUAAGCUCCAAAAUAAUUGGAGGUUAAUUAUAAGGAUGAUGAAUUAAUUAGAAGAUUUAAAGCCUUGAUUUGAGGAUCAUGCCCCCAUUAGAAGCCAAAGUUGUGUCCAAUUUUAAAGAUUUUAUUUUUGAGAGGAACAAAGCAAGAAGAAGAAGAAGAAGAAGGAGACAACGAAGAGGAAAGAAAGGAGAAAAGGGAGGUGGCGGUUAGUGAUUAUAUAAAUAAAAGUUUAAUUAAUUAGUUAAUUAUCUAAUUAAAUAUUAAUUAAUUUCUCUUCAUUCCCCCAAUAUGGAUGUAAAGCAAGCUUGAUUUCAUCAAAAUUCAUGAUCUUUGCCAUUACAAAGCGACAAAGGAAAGGAUUAAUGAAAUGAAGAAGAGGAAUGGAAAAGAAGGGUUUUUCUUUUCUUUUAAUGUUUU